UACCACGUGAUACCCAUGUUCUAGCUGCUAAGGAAUAGUUGAAAUGGAUUUUCAGAGCACCCUGCAACCAUUGCUCUAAAAAUCUAUUCACUUUGCUGCUGUUGUUGUUGAGAUCAUAUCAUCAUGGCUGGUGCACUUGUUGGUGGAGCUUUCCUCUCUGGCUUCAUUAAUGUUGUUGUUGAAAGGUUCCUUACAACUGAUGCUGUCAACUUGGUCUUGGGCAAGAAGCUUGGCCCUGACUUGGUCGAAAGGCUGAAGAUUUCUCUGCAUGCUGCUGAAGCUCUGGUUGGUGAUGCUGAGUACAAGCAACUGUGCAACCAAGCUGUGAAGGAUUGGCUCAACAGUCUCAGGGAUGCUGUUUACAUGGCUGAUGACUUGCUGGAUGCUGUCCUCACCAAAGCCGCCACUCAAAUGGAGGUACGCUCUUUCUGGCCUAGUUUCCUUCUUAACCGAGAGAGGGAGAUGGUGGAUAAGAUGGAAGAGGUGGUUAGAAGAAUAGAAUUUCUUGAAAAACAAAAAGAUUUCCUUAGUCUUGAGAAGACUACUGAGAAGAACUUCUUGUCAUGGAGAAUUCCAUCUACAUCUUUGGUAGAUGGUAAUAAAAUCCUUGGCAGGGAAAAGGACGAACAGGAAAUAAUCAAGAUAUUAGAUGAUAACAGAGAACAUCAGUUGUCUGUUAUUCCAAUUGUGGGCAUAGGUGGGGUUGGUAAAACAACUUUAGCACAAUGGGUGUACAAUAAUCAAAUGUUGAUGGAUGAGUUUCAAAUCAAAAAAUGGGUUUGUGUCUCUGAAAGCUUCAAUAUUUUUGAGGUUACAAAGAAUAUUAUAGGCCAAGAUGUUGGCAAUAUUCAUGAUCUUGAUUCCCUUCAACUUGCAUUGAAGGAAAAACUGUCAAAUAAGAAGUUCUUUAUUGUGUUAGACGAUGUUUGGAGUGACGAUCCUCAUGUCUGGGAACAAUUUAGAAUUCCUUUUCAAUAUGGGGCCAAGGGAAGUACAAUUCUUGUAACAACUCGUGUCAAACAAGUUGCCUCCAUAGUCCAAACUUGUACCCCUUACAUUCUCAGUGAGUUGUCUGAUGAUUGUUGCUGGUCAGUGUUCGCAAACAAUGCUUGUUUUCCAAAAUCAAAUGGGAGUUCAGCACUAGAAGAAAUUGGCAGAAAGAUUGCCAACAAGUGUAAGGGGUUACCAUUAGCUGCAGAAACACUUGGACGCAUGUUGCGAAUGAAACAUGAUGUCAAAGAAUGGGAAGCUGUGCUAAUAAAUGAUAUUUGGGAAUUUUCUGUGAAAAAUAGUAAAAUUAUCCCAGCUUUGUUAAUUAGUUACUUUCAUCUUCCUGCAUAUUUAAAACGUUGUUUUAUUUAUUGUUCAUUGUAUCCCAAAGAUUAUUGGUUUAGUAAAGAUGAACUAGUUUUGUUGUGGAUGGCUGAAGAUCUUUUAAGGCCACCAAACAAAAGAGAAGGAGAGAGUUUAGAACAAGUUGGCUACAAAUGUUUUGAAGAAUUAGCUUCUAGAUUAUUUUUUAAACCACAAAAUGAUAUUUUUCAGAGUUAUGUGAUGCAUGAUCUUAUGCAUGAUUUAGCAUUGUUCCUUGCUGGAGACUUUUAUUGUAGAUUUGAAGAGCUUGGUGAUGUAGAGCAUAUGUGUACUCAAACUCGUCAUUUGUCCUAUGAAAGCUUGAGUCAUCUGAACUCCAAAAAUCUUGAUUCCAUCAGUAAAGCUGAAUCUUUAAGAACAUUCUUGGCAAUCAAUUUCUCAUCUCAUUCUGAUAACAUUGAUGGUGUAACAUGUACCCUGAUAUCCAAACUCAAAUAUCUGAGAGUGUUGUCAUUUUUCUCGUUCGAAGGACUUAAUGUAUUGCCUAAUUCAAUAGGUGAAUUGACCUAUUUGCGUUACUUGAAUCUCUCUAGGACAAAUAUUAGGACACUUCCAGAAUCAUUGUGUGACUUGUACAAUCUACAAACACUGAAACUGGAUGAGUGUUCAAGAUUGACUGUGUUACCCAACAGCAUGCAUAAGCUUGUGAAUUUGCUCCAUCUCUGUAUUUGGGGAACUUCUUUGGAAGAAAUGCCAAGAAAAAUGAGCAAACUGAAACAGUUGCAUAUUUUAAGCUACUUUAUUGUGGGCAAGCAUGAAGAUAAUGGAAUCCAAGAAUUAGGAGGGCUUCUAAAUCUUAAUGGAUUCAUUGAGAUUAAGAAAUUGGAGAAUGUUGUUGACGUGAAAGAAGCAAAGAGUGCAAGGAUAAUAGAUAAGAAGCACAUUGACAGCCUAUGGUUGGAGUGGUCUUCAGGUGAUGACAUGGUUUCAAACACACAAACAGAAAGAGAGAUACUGGACAGCUUGCAACCGCACAAUGGCUUGAAAAUGUUGAGAAUCAAUGGAUACAAGGGUACAAUAUUUCCAAAUUGGGUUGGCCAUUGUUCAUACCAAAACAUGACUCAUGUGUCCCUGGCAUCUUGCAAUAACUGCUGCAUGCUGCCUUCACUUGGACAGCUGCCAUCUCUUAAGUCCCUCGGCAUUCAAGGUUUCGGUCAGCUCAAGAGUAUUGGCAUGGAAUUUUACAAGAAUGAAGGCAAUUAUCACUCUUCACCUUUUGCAGCAUUUCCCUCACUUGAGACAUUGGAAAUAUGGGAUAUGGCAUGCUUGGAGGAGUGGCACUUACCUGACUCAGAAACUUUUCCUCAACUCAGGGAGCUUCGCAUAUCAUCUUGUCCAAUGUUAAAUGGAGCUAUGCUUAGUCAGGUGUUUUCUUCUUUGUCUGAUGUUUCGAAAGUUUGCAGCCUAGAUAUAUCCGGAUAUUAUGAAGAAAGUUUCCAACAGAUGUUAUUUGAUGGAGAUACUUUAUCAAUUAAGGGAUGUCAGUCAAUGGUGGAUUCUAUGUUUGGGGCAAUGAUAAUCAACCAUCUAACUUGCCUUCAAGAAAUAAGCAUCUCAGGGUGUUCAUCUGCUGUAUCCUUUCCUGGAGAUUGUCUACCAAAAUCUUUGCAAAAGCUGACAAUAAGUGCUUACAAAGAACUGGAAUUCUCCCAGCAUAAACACAAUAUCAUGGAUCUUAACAUAGAUUUUUGUGAUUCACUGACCUCAUUGUCAUUGGAUGCCUUUCCCAAUCUCAAGAAUCUUAGUAUAGAAGGGUGUUCAAAUCUGGAAUCAGUUUCAAUGUCAGAGCCACCACAUGCUGCUGUUGAAACUCUAGUCCUUCGUUGCUGCCCCAAAUUUGCGUCAUUUCCAAAAGGAGGACUAGCUGCACCUAACUUGACUCAUCUUACAAUCAUAGAUUGCAAAAAACUGGAAGCAUUGCCAAGUGACAUGAACACUCUUCUCCCCAAUUUACAGUCUCUCCACAUGCAACUUUGCUCGGAAAUUUGUGAGGUGCCAGAGGGUGGUUUGCCUCCUAAGUUGAAAGAGCUUAGUGUGGGAUGUUCUGAGAAACAAUUCAGGGCUCUAUCAUCCAUGGGCAACUUGGACUCUCUCACUCGUCUUAACAUUCAUGGUUAUGACAGUUAUAGCUUAAGGUCAUACCCAAAGGUGGCUUCGCUGCCUCGGCUUCCCUCCCUUACCACUUUGUGUCUGUAUUCCUUUGACUAUCUGGAGACUUUGGAUUGCAAUGAGCUUCUCUGCCUCACCUCCCUUCAACAAUUACACAUUUCAUACUGUGAGAAGCUGGAAAAUAUGGUAGGAGAAAAGCUGCCUUCCUCUUUGUUACUACUUCAAAUUAAAAACUGUGAUUUGCUGGGAGAACACUGCAAGAACAAGCAUCAACAUAUUUGGCCCAAACUUUCCCACAUCCCCACCAUUGAAGUUGAUGGUGAACAAAUUUUCUGAAUAGAGAUUUCUGGCAAGUUUUCCCAGGGUGAUGAAGAUAUAAAAAAUGUAACUAGAAGGUGAAGUUGUGGUGAUGUCAUCAGACAAAGAACACAGUUUUGGUCAUUUUAUGUGUCACAAGCCAAAACCUUUUGGAGUGUCUCUCUACAUUCCCAUUAGUGUAUGAACCUAAUACCUAAUCAGAUUUGGAUUAACAAGAUCGGAAAUCGGAAAUUCUUCACUCAUAGUUCUUGAAUUUGGAGGUGUGAUUGUGAUCAAAGCUCUGUAAUAGAACUGUCAGAAAGUUCAUAAACAGUGACUAGUUUUUUGGUGAAGUUUUGCACUCUUGUUUCAUUGAUUUCAUUUUGUUCAUGUGUUUGAGACUCCUUAGUAGAUUUGAUUCUUAUUCUUAGAGUGAAAAAAUAGUUUUACAUUGUUACU